AUGCUCGGCGCGGUGCUUUUUCUGCUGACGGUAGUCGGGUCGGCGACGGCCUGCCAGACGUGGCCAAACUCGACGGAGACGGCGACCAACUGGUGGAUGUGCUCCUCGGGACCCAUGACCUUUUCCGCCGUCACCACCGUCGAUUGCAAAGGUCAGAUCCAUGAAGUUAGGAUUUGAUCAUGACGAAAAGAUGAGUGUAUAACUUAUCAAUAAUAUUUGAGAGAAAAAAAACGCCUAAAAGAAAGGUCCUAUAACUCGUAAACAUUUUUGAAAAAAGAAAUAUUGGAAAGUAUUCACGUUUUUUCUGCCAUGUAAGUCAUUCUUCUUCAAGACAUAUCGGCAAAAACUUUAUUGAUUUUCAUACUCUUUUCAAAUAAAAAAAUGGAAAUAUUGUCAAUAAACCAAAGAUUGAUCUUGAAAAAUAGUCCAUUGAAAAACUUUUCCUUGUGUAUAUAGUACAUUUUUUUAAUGUAGAACUCUAAAAAUGUCUACAGGAGUUUUCGAGUACCCAAUCCACUUGAACAAGCCUCUUCUCAUCCGGACGACCGCCAACAACGCCAAGAACGUGUACAGCUCGCCAGGACUCAAGCAGACCAUUAAAGUUUGGUCAUGGAGCACGAUCAAAUGUGCCUGGACCUCUCUUCCGACCUUCGGACUAUUGUGAGUGUGACUCGGGCCAACCGUCGCUGACCCUUUGCAGAAACGACCUCGAUGCCUGCACCAACGGCGUCAAUUGUCCCAUCAAGCUGGGUCCGCAAACCCUCGACUUCGAACUCGACUUCUCGGACGCUCAGCAGAUCAUCAACCUGCUCAAAGUCAACCUUUCACUAAUCUCUCUUCAGAAAGACCGAAUGUUUCAGAACGACUCUCCCUACCAGCUCGAGUAUUUACUGCACGACGAUGUGACCGGAGACGACGCCUGUCUCAUGUUCCAAGCUCGCUCUCUGCUACAAUAA